UGGAGAUGCUGCUGCAGACAAAUGAUUUCCGAUUGCGCAAUAUUUUUUUAUUUGCUUAGUUCUUAAUACAAGACACUGUUUAAUGUCAAAGGGCAGCUGUAAAACUAUUCACCAGUCGAAUAGUUUCAGCUCACGAGGCCUGCACUGGAGUUAUCCGAUGACAACCUUGUGGAAAAUCUCGUCAGUGCUCUUUUUCAACGUUAAAUUCCUGACAAAGGUGCAAUGAAAUGGAGCUGUAAAGUGUGCAGGUAUAACGCAACAACGAGAGGUGACCUCUUACAGCAUUACAGACUACAACAUUGGCCAUCUGGAACCUCAGUGGCGUGUCUUCAUUUGGAUUGUCCAUGCUCCUUUAAAACGUGGACUGCUCUCCGCACACAUCUGUCAAGGUAUCAUACACAAGAUGAAGAUAGGAAGCCAGAAGUAAUCCUCUCUCUUAAGUGUGUGCUUUGCUCAAGUAUAUAUACCAAUGAAAAGGAAUAUUUUCAACAUCUUGGAAAUCAUUUGAAGAGUCACGAAACCACAGAGUGUGUGUUUAUUGGAUGUGCAUUUAAGACAAAUAUAUAUGGGACAUUUUUUACUCACAAAAGCCGUAAGCACAACCCUCAUUCACUUGAGGACUUCAAGCCAGAUGUAAUUGGGAAACAUCAAACUUUACCAAAUGAAACUGAUUUGAUCGUGAGUGACCAGACUUGUGAAGACACCGGACCAAACCAAUCAACAGAGAGCUCAAAAGAAAUUAUUAGAACAAUUGGUUCACUUCUUUUAAAGUUGGAAAGUGUUUACAAUGUUUCUAGUAAAUGCAUUGACGAGCUGGUAGAAGAGCUUAAUUUCAUUUGCACCGCUUCUGCUCCCGUUAUCCAACAAGUUGUUCAUAGAAGUUUAGAGAAGUACAGCUGUGCUGUUGAGGAGGAUGUAGUUACUGAAUUGGUGGAAGAACUGUGCAAGUCGCACCCUUUAAGCAGUGCACUAGGAGUAAAUGGGCCCUUUGGUUCUUCAUUUAAGAGAAAAAAAUAUUUAAAGGAACACUUUGAUAUUGUAGAGCCUGUGGAAUACAUUCUCAACUCACACGAAAAGCUAAGCUUUCAAUAUGUGCCCCUUCUUCAGACAUUACAGCAUAUAUUGGCCAAAAAAUAUUUAGCAGAUGCUGUUUUGAAAAUACUGCCCUGCACAUCCACUCAGUAUGAAUCAUAUCAGAAUGGCACACAUUUCAAGAACAAUGAAUUUUUCUCUGAAGAACCACGAAUUUCUUUAAUUCUUUAUAUUGACGAUUUUGAAGUUUGCAACCCGUUAGGGACGUCACGAAAGAAACAUAAGAUUACGGGAGUGUACUGGGCACUUGCAAAUGCACCACCUGAAGUGCGCUCCACACUAACUGCGAUACAUUUAAGCAUUCUCUGCAAAGCCGUGGAUGUUAAAAGAUUUGGUUAUGAAGCUAUUUUAGAGCCACUUCUGAAAGAACUUUCUGUCUUAGAACAGGAAGGAGUUUUUGUGCCCAAGCACCGUCAGAGAUUGCAAGAAGUUUUCCCUAACCUGAAACUGACACCAAAACACCACUAUCUGGAGCACUACCCUGCUCUGAUAGAAGCCUUUGGUCCUCUAGUUAAUGUAUGGACUAUGCGCUUCGAGGCCAAACAUAGGUUCUUUAAACGAGUAGUCAGGUUCACAGGUAACUUCAAGAAUGUUUUGUUGUCACUUUCAACAAAGCAUCAGAUGAUGAUGGCCUACCAUUGGCAGAGAAAUACCAGUAUGUCUGCCCUAAGUGUCAGCAAAGUGUCAUCCGUGCCUCUGGAAGUUCUAGAUGGUAGAAUCCAAGAGUCAGUUAAGGAACUGUUCCUCAACUAA